GCCAUUAUUAACGGAAUUAUUUAUUUUUAAUAUUCUUUUCAACUGUUGGUAAAUUUUUUAGUUAAUUGUGUUGCUAUGUUGGUGUUUCUGUUAGUCCGAUUUUGUUGUUUGUUUAUUUGGAGCGAAACUUUGGUAAAAUGAGAAAGUAAUGUUAAAGCUAAAUUUAUUUAACAUAUAUUUUUCAAAAUUAACGUUGUUUGGGUUAAGUGGUUAAAAGCUUUUUAUUCAUCUUGAAAGAAAAUGGCUGAUUCUUUUCCAGAAUAUUUACGGUCCAAGGAGACGGUCAGCCAUCUGACGGCACACGACGUGGAGUCCAAGCCACGCACGGAAGACGUGCACAUCACCGAAGACGUGGAGUUCUCUGCCAUGAUGUUGUCGGAGAACGUCCUGGCUGGCCUUCUCAAAAGUGGAUUCAGGAGACCGUCCCCCAUCCAGCUGAAGGCAAUACCUCUGGGCCGCUGCGGUUUCGACCUUGUGAUGCAGGCCAAGGCAGGCACGGGGAAGACGUGCGUGUUCACCAUCCUGGCCCUGGAGAUGGUGCUCUACGACGUGAGCAGCCUGCAGGCCAUAAUCCUCGCCCCGACGCGAGAGAUAGCCGUGCAGAUAACCCAGGUCAUCUCCGACAUUGGGAGAGCGAUGCCAGGCUUGCGGGUGGAGACGUUCAUAGGCGGGCUGUCGUUCAACGAGGACCUGAAGAAGCUGCAGGGCUGCCACAUCGCGGUGGGCGCCCCCGGCAGGGUGAAGCACCUCAUCGAGAGUGGCAACAUGGAUGUGAGCUGCGUGCGGCUGUUCGUGCUGGACGAGGCAGACAAGCUCAUGGAGAAGUCCUUCCUCCAGGACGUCAACUACAUAUUCGGCCGGCUGCCCGCCGGCAAGCAGGUGGUGGCGUCGAGCGCCACCUACCCCGACCAGCUCGAUGAGGCAGUCAGCCUCUACAUGCGCUCGCCCCUGCGCGUGAGCCCCAGCGCCAACCGCCCCGUGCUGCUGGGAGUGCGCCAGUUCGUCAAGCCGGUGCGCUUCCACCCCAACAGCCUGGCGCAGAUGAGGAUCAAGGUCGAGAAGCUGGUCGCCAUCUUGUCCCUCGUGCCGUUCACCCAGUGCAUCGUCUUCUUCAACUACCAGGGCAGGUCGGAAACGGUGUGCGCGCAGCUGAACAACCGCGGCUGGCCCGCCAUCUGCAUCACGGGCAGCCAGCCGCAGCAGGACCGCCUCGUGGCCAUGAAGAAGAUGCGGGACUUCCGCAGCAGGGUGCUCCUGUCCACGGACCUGGUCGCCCGCGGCAUCGACCUCGAGAACGUGAACCUGGUUGUCAACUUCGACGUCGCCUGCAACAGCACCGCGUACCUGCACCGGGUGGGCCGCGCCGGGCGCUACGGGUCCCACGGCAUCGCCGUCUCCCUGGUCGCCAGCGGCCUCGAGAUGGCCGGCUUCCGGCGGGUGCUGGGCUUCGUGGGUGGCGAAGGGAUGAGCGUGGCCAAGCUGCCGAGGGGCCCGGAGCUCGUGAACUUGUGGCAGUGCGAUCUCGCCACUUUGGAGUCUGUGCGCGGCGUCGUCGGCGAAAACCUUCCGGACCUCAGUUUCAACCCCUCUGGUGGAAACAGUAACACGAUUCCAGCAAAAAAUGGUGAACCCGGUGAUGUCUACGGACAGCGUGACGACCACUGUAAUCAGAUUGGUAGUAACUGCAGUGCCAUGGGCGGGGAUGCUCGCGAUGAAAAUCCUGAGAAAGAAAUUUUAGAGAAAAACUAUUGUGAUGUUAAUAAUGUGAACCCUUGUGCUAGUGCAGUAAUCAGUGAGAAGACAAAAAGUUUUCCUGAACUAAUUAAAAAAUCCAAUUUUGAAUAUUGCAGUGAUAUAAAUGGUAACUCAUCUAAUGAGCACAUUGACGAAAGAAAUAAAGUAGAUGAGGGAAUUCAUAAUAAUGAUACUUCUCUUGAAUGUCGGAAAAAGGAAAGGGAAGUUAAACUUUGUGAAAUCCCUGUAUGCUCGGGGGUUGAAACCGUAAAUGGAAUCUCGAAUGUGGGAGACAUGUUACCAGAGGAAAAAGACAUAGUGUGCCUGCCAAUGAUGACAGACAGAAAUACAGUCAAUGAAGCGGCAGUUAAUGUGGAUUGUUCUGUGGUUGAUUGCAACGCAGUUCUAAAUGGAGCUAAUACUCAACUCAAUGGUCAGGUUGAAGUGCAUCAUCCAGACAGAAAUACAGUUAAUGAAGCGGCCUCAGUUAAUGUGGAUUGUUCUGUGGUUGAUUGCAACGCAGUUCUAAAUGAAGCAAAUACUCAACUCUUUAAUGGUCAGGUUGAAGUGCAUCAUCCAGACAGAAAUACAGUUAAUGAAGCGGCAGUUAAUGUGGAUUGUUCUGUGGUUGAUUGCAACGCAGUUCUAAAUGGAGCAAAUACUCAACUCGUUAAUGGUCAGGUUGAAGUGCAUCAUCCUGCAACUGGAAGAAAGAUUACAGAAGACAGUCUUGCUGGGAGUUUACCUGGUGACGAGUGGAGCAUUUCGUCCAGCCUUGCGCCCUGUGAUUGGACCGACGUAGCAAAGGCAGCUUGCGGGACUGUGCUGACCAUGUUGGAGGGAACCGUAUCAGACGUUCAGGUGUGCUGUGAGAACUACGAAGAGCUGCUGGAGUCGUGCAAAAAAUUUGAGACUGCCACUGGUCCUGAUGUGGGUGCGGUAUUCACUCAGUAUGCCGUCAGGAGGCAUGAAGACAAGGCCAGUGGAAUAAGUAGCAUGGUGAGAGACCUUGCUGCUAGGAGAGAUGGGAAGAGUACAUUGUUGCCAGAUGCUACUGCUGAAGGAAGUGACCGGUGCCAUUCAGAUGACGAAGGAAGACCAGGUCCUAGUAAUAGUGGUAGGAACGGAACAUAUUUGCCAAAAACGGAUGUUACAGCCAAGGCUGAAAACAAAAAAGUUUUGUCACCAAAAAUUACUGUAAGCUGCAGUGAGGAAUACAUUUCGUCAGAUGAAGAUGGAAGUUUCUUAGAUAAGGGUGAAGAAUGGUCGGACUCUUCUUUUAACGAUGUUGAAAAUGUUUUUUCAGACGAUGGUGAGUUUGAGCAUGAUUUUGACGAAUCUGUUGGUGAACUUACAAAAUUGAUGUGUAGACUUUCAGAGUCAGACGCGGAGGAACAGAGGCCUAAGUGUGCCAAAUGGAAGAAAAGAAAUGGUGUUGGAGAUAGAGGUUUGUAUCUUUCAUCACGAGGUGCUGGUAGAGCAGAAACCAGUAGUCGACACAAUUCUGUUGGGGAGAGAUGCGCUAGUGGUAGUAAGGAGGAAUUAAAGACGGCUCAUGCCAACAGCUGCUACUCACAGUAUUUGGCAUGGAGGCAUCAGUUGUUGCAGACGCGGUACAUUGUGCAGCACUGUGCGUAUAUGCGAUAUAUGUAUGGCGUUAGUGAUUGAAUUUCAUCACACAUCAUAAAUUAAAAUUUUUGGAAGUAUUGAAGCAAAUUGCACUUGCUAUCAAAAUUUAUCACAACAGCGUUAAGAGUGUAACUUUAAACAAUCCAAUACUGUGAAUUUUGCUUUGUAGUACCCUGUGUUUGAAACAUAUGUAAAUACUAGAUUGCUAGAAUUCUUUUUUUAUUAAUCCUUUGUAAAAAUAAAGUUUCUAAAUUUCUUACUUAGUUUUUCCAUUAUGUUUUACACUGAUGUAUUUUGUGCAAGGAUUACGUAUUUAAUGUUAUGAGACCCCAGGUGUGUGCAUUUUUUUUCUUUGGUGGUGGGUGCAUUGAUUUUUGACAGUAAGAUUAUUGGAGACGUAUAGUCUCAGCAAAAAGUUCAAGGAAUUUGGGAAGGAAGUGGCCCAGCAUUAGCUGGGAAACCAUGGAGUACUGAAAUCAAGAUGACUGAGUCAGGAUUAGAAACUGGGAGCUCUAAAAUGUUAGUCAAGUGUCUUACCUCUGUCACUCCAUGCCCCAGUAGUUCUGAGCAAUUGAUGAUUGUCAGUAUAAAAAAAAAAGUCUCUUGAGGCCCUAGGCUCUUUCCUGAAGGAAGGUGUAUCUCGGCUUUAAAUUACAGUUUUGCAGUGCUGAAUGUUGAGUGGAAAUAGACUUGAAGCCUGGGCUCAUUUUAUGAGUGUAACAUCUUAGCUCUUGGUACACGGCAUCUGGUAGGAGUAAUUUCGUGACUGAAACGGAAGUCACAUGAAACGGAAACGUGUGAUCAUGGUUUUGCCGUCUGUGGUAGAUGGUGCGAUCCAAAGUUCAGAAAGCCAUAGGGAAACUUUAUAGUAUAUUAACUGUUUUAUGAAUUUAAACAAAUGGGCAGUAUUUUAAUAAAAUUACUUGUCGAAAAUCAGAUCCAAA